AUGUCUCCACCACUACCCUCUAUCGCCCUCUCCUUCCUCAACCACCUCCACCGCACCGGCUUCCCGCACACCCUCUCAACCUACGCCGCCAUCACCAAAAUGUUCGCUUUCUGGAACCUUCCCAGAAAACUAGACUCCCCCUUUCUCCACCUCAUUACCCUCUCAAAACACCACCUUCUUCCCUUACACCUCUUUCAACUCUUCGAAAUACUCUUCCAAGACUUCGACCACCAUAACCAUUACUUGCUCAGAGCUUUUGGUGGCUUUGUCAAAACCUGUGUCAGUCUCGACAUGUUUGUUGAGGCCAUUGAUUUCUUGUUCCAAAUUGGGCGCCGCGGAAUUGUCCCGGAUGUUCUCACUUGCAACUUCCUCUUCAACAGGUUGGUGGAACAGGGCGAGGUCGAUAAAGCACUGGCCGUUUUUGAGCAACUCAAGAGGUUUGGUUUCAGACCCAAUUGUUAUUCCUAUGCAAUUGUCAUCAAGGCGUUGUGUGAAAAGGGUGACUCGAGUCAAGCUGGUUGUGUUUUUGAGGAAAUGGAGACUUACAUUGAAGGAUUUUGUAAUAAACAUAAGUUUGCUAUUGGGUAUAAGUUGCUGAAGGAAUGGACAAAGAGUAAUGCCCCUUUGGAGGUUUAUGCAUACACUGCGGUUGUUCGCGGGUUUUGUAAUGAGAUGAAGUUGGAUGAGGCUCAGGGUGUGCUUGAUGACAUGGAGAGGCAAGGGUUGGUUCCUGAUGUGUCUGUUUAUUCUGCAUUGAUUGAAGGGUAUUGUAAGGGUCAUAAUCUGAGCGAGGCUCAGGGUGUGCUUGAUGACAUCGAGAGGCAAGGGUUGGUUCCUGAUGUGUCUGUUUAUUCUGCAUUGAUUAAAGGGUAUUGUGAGGCUCAUAAUCUGAGCGAGGCUUUGGCUUUGCAUGAUAAGAUGAUUUCGAAGGGUGUGAAGACAAAUCGUGUUAUUUUCGGUUACAUUCUGUUUUGUUUGUGCGAGAUGGACCUUACUUUUUUCAAGGUGAUGGAUCAGAUAGAGGAACCGAAGAAGUCCGAGAUGUUGCUUGAGGAGAGCCGUUGGGAUAUACUUAAAUUUUAG